UAGAUCUUUUGGGAAUAGGUCUUUUGAGAGUAGGUCUUUUGGGUGUAGGUCUUUUGGGCGUAGGUCUUUUGUGAGUAGGUCUUUUUGUUGUAGGUCUUCUGGUUGUAGGUCUUCUGGGUUUAGGUCUUUUGGGGUGGACUCAAUUCUUCCUUUCUUUAAACUUUAAAUUUGAUUUAAUGAUUUAAUUUUUUUAAUUUCAGUGCAUUCCAAACUGUGAGUUUAAUUUUUUGGCUACUUAUCAAUAAUUUAUUAAUUAAUAUAUCAACAGCUUGGCGCUGUGAUGGAAAUUGUGACCGACUGUGAUGACGGAAGUGAUGAAAAACAAUGUUCAACAGAAGAGAUUUCCUCCCACAACAUUACUGGACUUGCGGCAACCUCUUUACUCUCUGGAGCUCUAAAUUGUGGAGCUUCCCAGUUCGAGUGCCAAAACGGACAGUGUAUUGAAAAACAAAAAGUGUGUGAUAACAACUAUGAUUGUUCUGAUCGCUCUGAUGAAAGUCCUAGUUGCUUUGUCAACGAAUGCGAACAAAAAGAACAUCCACUUUGUGAACAAACUUGCGUUGACCAAGUUAUUGGCUACAAAUGCUCUUGUGAAAAUGGAUUCCAAAUAAAUCGGGCAGAUAACAAAUCCUGCUUAGAUAUAGAUGAAUGCUUGGAAGGACUCUCGCUUUGUUCCCACUUUUGUGAAAACAAGCAAGGAAGUUACAAAUGCUCUUGCCCUGAAGGGAUGACAUUGAAUAAAGACGGGUUUACUUGUAAAGCGAAUGAAGAGAAGCCGGAUCCUUAUCUGCUUUUGGCCAACAAGCACUAUGUUCGAUUCAUUUCACUAGAUGGAUCUCGCUAUGAGCUUGUAGCUCAAGGAUUUGAAAAUCUUGUUUCAAUGGAUGUUGACUCAGUUGAUGAUAUGGUCUAUUUACUCGACUCUGGAAAAUUGCGUAUUUAUCGUAAAUCACUUCAUAAAUUAAGUGAAGCACCCAGCAGUUAUGAGCAAAUAAUGCGCCACAAUGUAUUUGGAAUAGAGGGAAUUGCGGUUGAUUGGAUUGGUCGUAAAUUGUACAGUUUGAACAGGCAGGACCGAGCUUUGCGUGUUUGCGAGUUGGACGGUCGAUUUUGUCGCACACUGAUUCGAGACAGAAUUUCACAGCCAAAGGCAAUUGUUGUACAUCCAAAACGUGGUUAUCUUUACUUCACUGAAUGGUCGCUCCAGCCGUACAUUGCUAAAGUCGCUUUGGAUGGUUCAGCGCCAUAUGGAACUGCGGAUCCAGUUAUUAAAAUCGCUGAACGUGAUUUGGGCUGGCCUAAUGCCCUAGCCAUCGAUUAUUAUUCCGAUCGUCUUUUCUGGGGGGACGCCCACCUUAACGAACUUAACUGGAUGGACCUUCAGGAUGGCAUUCACCGCCGGCACAGAAUUCCAGCAAAACUCACCUCGCAUGUCGCCUCUAUUACUGUCUAUAACGAAUAUUUGUUUUGGAGUGAUUGGAAUUUGAAACAAGUUAUUCGAGCUGAUAAAUGGACAGCAAAUAAUGAAAGUGUCUUAGUUACUACCUUGCAAUUACCUAAUGAACUUCGUGUUGUUCACCCACUAAGACAGCCACGUUGGCCGAAUCCUUGCGGUGAUAACAACGGAGGCUGUUCACAUCUCUGCCUUAUUGGGGCCGGUGGAAGUAACUUUUCAUGUGCCUGUCCAGACCAGUUUUACUUGCUCUCCAAUGGCCGUGACUGCGAAGCAAAUUGCACGUCGCGGCAAUUUGCUUGCUCUGGGACAGAUUCUAAAUGUAUCUCAAAGCUGUGGUAUUGUGACGGCGAAAAGGACUGUACCGAUGGAGAUGAUGAGCCUGGACGGGAUGUUUGUGAUGAUUGUGGUGAUGGGAGUGAUGAGCGAGAUUGUGAUAAGCCUUGUGAUGAUUGGAUGUUUAAAUGCUCAAAUACUGGAAAAUGUAUUCCCAAGGGUUUCACAUGUGAUGGAGACGACGAUUGUGGUGAUAGAAGCGAUGAGGCUGAACAUAUUUGCAAGAAUUCCUCGAGAAACUGUACCGCUGAGGAAUUCCGCUGCUCCAAUCAUAAAUGUAUACCUAAAAGUUGGAAAUGUGACAGCGAGGAUGAUUGCGGUGAUGGAAGUGACGAACCAAAACCUGAAUGUGACAAAGUAGAAUGCCCGCGUGGCUGGUCUCGUUGUCUAAACUCUUAUCGUUGUGUACCUGAUUGGGCUUUUUGUAACGGGCAGGAUGACUGCAGAGAUGGUUCUGAUGAAUUACCUUCUCGCUGUCCGGCGUGUGAAGAACAGGGAGAAUUUAAGUGUGUUGGUUCUGGAAAGUGUAUUCCUAAGCGUUGGAUGUGUGACAGCGAAAAUGAUUGUGUUGACAACUCAGACGAGAUUGAUGAACAAUGUGGAGGUACCUCACGUCCUUGUUCUGAAUCAGAAUUUCGUUGUAACGAGGGCCGUUGCAUUCCGCACUCUAAAGUAUGUGAUGGAACUAUCCAGUGCAGCGAUGGCUUGGACGAAUCUCAAUGUACACUUAGAAAGUGCGCAGAUGGAUAUCGGAAAUGCGACGAUGGGACAUGUAUUCUUGAACAUAAAUGGUGUGAUAGAAGGCGUGAUUGUGUAAAUGCUUCUGAUGAGACUCACUGUGAAGAUUAUCCUAAUAGAAGGCAUUGUUCACCUAAUGAAUAUGAAUGUGCUAACAGCGUUUGCAUCUCGCGCAAAUUUAUGUGUGAUGGGGAUAACGAUUGUGGUGACAAUUCGGAUGAAACUAAUGAACAAUGUAAAGUUGCGCAAUGUGAUCCACCUCUACGUUUUCGUUGUUCUCAUUCAAAGCUUUGCUUGAACAUCCUUCAACUCUGCAAUGGUUUUAAUGAUUGUGGAGAACAUGAUUACUCUGACGAACAUCUUUCCAUGUGUUCUUCCUUCUCCGAAUAUGGCGAUUGUUCGACCGAUGAAUUCAAAUGCACCAACGGCAAAUGUAUUAAUGCAACGUUGGCGUGUGACAGGAAAGAUGAUUGUGGUGAUGCUACUGAUGAGAUUGGCUGUAUUAAACAAAACGGGAAAAGUUGCCACUCACAUUCUGAUAAUGGUGGAUGUCGACAUCUUUGUACUGAUGUACAGGAUGGAUAUUAUUGCCAUUGUCGAGAUGGUUUUACUACAGAUCCUGGAAAUCCUUCUGAUUGUAUUGAUAUUGAUGAAUGCAAAGGAAACAAUACUUGUUCUCAAAUGUGUUUGAAUACAAAGGGGUCAUACUUGUGUAAAUGCGUGGAUGAUUACACUUCUGGUGUUGUUAUAGGCGCUAUGAAUGGAAAGGAUUGUCGUGCUAAUGGAGAACACCCACUUAUUAUGAUUGCUUCAGAUGACAAAGUUCUUCAGUUAAGCCUGGUCGGUUCUCGUGGACGUGUUAACGCAGCCACUCGUAAAUCUCCAUCAAAUCAACAGCAAAGUAUUGGCGCCAUUGAGUUUGAUCCUAGACGGGAAUUUGUAAGUUCUAUUGAGUUUUUAUGCGUAUCCCGUCAUUCAUCUAAAAACUUCUCAUAUUUUCAAUUUAAGAUGUUCUGGUUGGAUACAUAUCAACGAAAAUUGUUCCGUUCGGCUCUCCCUAAAGGCAAUCAAUCGCAUGAGGGUCAAGAAUUGUUGGUCAACUUUGGGGAAAACAUUUCACCUCUGAGUAUGGCUGUGGAUUACUUGACAGGAAAUUUAUACAUAACUGCCACUGUUAGCGAUCUUAAAUUGAACGAAAAAUCAGCACUUGCAACAGCAGCUGGUCGAAGAAAAAAGCGUUUUAGUGAACCCCUCCCUCAACCAUCAUCAGAUGGAAAUGGAGUAAUUUAUGUUACAACAUCGGAUGGCAGAUAUAGACGAACGAUCGUUGCUGGACGUUUGCAAAUACCAACAGCAAUUGUUACUUUACCAAAAUUGGGACGUAUUUGCUUUGCUGAUGCAGGGUUUGAGGCAAAGAUUCAAUGUGCUGAUAUGGAUGGAAAUAAAAGACAGACAAUCAUUAGCGAUCUCAUUUAUUCACCAACAACUAUGGCUGUUGAUGAAGGACGUGAUAAUCGAAUUUAUUGGAGCGAUCCCAAAUACCACAAGGUGGACUCUUGCCUUCCCGAUGGUUCACGUAGGCUAACAAUUGCUCGAGACACAAGGACUCCAUGGGCUAUCGAUGUUUUUGAAAAUCAUCUCUUUUGGACAUCUGGAAAGCCGAUAAAUGCAGGGACUUCAGUAUCCAAAGAUUCGCAGAAUUUGUAUAUUCAAGACAAGUUUGGUAGAAGUCGACUCCAACUUGUUGCUAGUGCCAUAGACGAUGUUCACUCAUUAAGGAUACAACAAAGAUUCGCUAGAGAUAUGCUUCGAGCAGAUAGUGCCUGUGCAAAAGUUCAAUGUUCACAUCUUUGUGUUGAACUCCCUUCAGAUGGCUUUAGAUGUCUUUGUCCUGAUGGAGUUACACAAUUUGAGGAUGGCACGUGUGGAUCUGCUCGAAUAGAAGAGCUGCCGAUUCCAAAGCAAUGUUCUUGCCAGAAUGGUGGUCAUUGCCUUUUGGAUGGAACAUGUGAUUGUGGUGAUUUUGAAGGGGAAUUUUGUCAGAAACCAUCUUCUGUCAGUAGGCAGUUGAUCGGCAGAUUUGGAAAUGGUGCAUAUUACGCGCUACUUUUAAUGUUCGCUAUGUUAGUAUGUUUGGCGGUAAUGACUGUUCUCUCCAUUCUAAUUUAUAAACGCAAAAGUGUACUCAACAAGAAGCGAUUGGCUUCUGGGGAAGGAUCGUCAAUUGGUGGUGCUUCGGUAGUUACAUUUCAUGGCAACGUAAUAUCCUUCUCAAAUCCUGUACUUGAUGCAGAUAGGCAAAUUCAACAACAACAACGUGACAAUUCACUCGUAGAGGAACUCCAUUCAUCACCUUUAAAACUACCCCAAAGUAGAGAAAUGUCUGAUAUAAUGACCACAACAUUUACAAAUCCUGUCUACGAACAUGCUGAAACAUUAGAUUCAUUUGACGAUGAUAACAGCAGCAGAAGAACGAAAUUCGAAAAUGUUGAUACGGGCAAAAUAAAUCCGGUGUUCGAGGAAAAAGACAAGAACAAACACUGA